AUUCCUUGUAUGUCAAGGGCUUACAAUGCGCAUAUACCUACCACUGCUGCUCCUGGCAGCCCCCCUUCUGAGAGCACAAGAUGCGUGUGCACCUCUAGAGGACGCGGAACAAAUAUUAGAAUCACUUCAACCGGCUCCGGACGCACAUCUACAUUCAAAGCUUCCUGACCUGGCGCCGUUUGGGAAUCACGGAUGGGCAGACGGUCUCGGGUGGUCUCAGGAUGGUCCGUUAUCUACAACAUUGCGUCUUCUCCCACGUGUGUUCUCUGCGAUAUCCCCGACAAGGCUCCUGUCGCAGACUGCCAAGACGAUAGGAAGGAAAGGAAACGCCAAAAUGUCGAGGUCGAGGAAAGAAAGGGCCGAGAAGGUGUUGGAGCUCGUGCAAGAAGCGGAAGAAGCUGGUUGUGAUAAAGUGUGGCGGUUUAGAGCUCGGCUCCGGAUGUUCCCACCCAGAGGCAUCAAGCAGGACCUUGCAGCAGCUUAUGAAGCGUACAAGAAACAUCUCGAGAUUGAACCCAGCCCAGAGGCUCAGUUUAUCCUCGGGGUAUUCCACUCCACAGGGCUUGGUGGGAUUCCAAUUGAUCAAGGCAAGGCGUUAUUGUACUAUACUUUUGCAGCAGCGCAAGGGUAUAGGCCUGCGGCGAUGGCGUUGGGGUACAGACAUUGGGCGGGGAUUGGGGUGAAAGAGGAUUGUGGAGUGGCUCUGGAGCAUUAUUCUCAUGCGGCUGAUAUUUCCUAUCGACGUUUCCUCGACGGUCCACCUGGCGGUCUCACUCUUCCCCUCACGCCUAUCCGCCUGUCUGACCGUGUAGGCGGUAUCUACGGUCCGCACGCUUCAUGGGCGUCAACAGGCGCCAACUCUCUCCGUCCUGCUAUUCGAGCAUCUAUCGCUUCUGCCCGAGGGGAGACGACCCAAGAGAUCCUCGAAUAUUACCAGUACCAUUCCGAUCGUGAUUCAUACAUCUACACCGCCCGCCUCGGCCGGUUAUUCUACCAUGGCUCUGUCCACUUUUCGGCGAAUGGGAUAUCUUCUGGCGCGGAGAGCGUAGGCGCCAUUCCUCAAUCGUUUCAUAAAGCCCGGACAUAUUUCCUCAAAGUCGCCCGUGUCCUCUGGCCUAGCGAUUUCCUCCCCGGUACGACUGACCAGCCUGCCGGGCGUCGCAAAUUGACAAAGGAACAAGAAGAUAAAGUCCGUGAAGCCGCAAUGAUUUCCGCGUCCUUCCUCGGUCGGAUGGCUCUCCGCGGGGAGGGGCAGAAAGCGGAUUACCAACGAGCCAAAAUGUGGUAUGAGCGCGCUGCAGAGUUGGGAGAUCGGGAAGCGCUUAAUGGGCUGGGUAUUUUGUACCGUGACGGUCUCGGUGUACUUGUUGAUUUGGCAAGGGCGCAAGGUUAUUUCCAAGUUGCCGCUGCUGCCUCUUUACCAGAAGCCCAAGUGAACGUCGCGAAACUCUUACUUAACCGCGGGGAAUACCAAGCAGCUCUUCCUUUCCUCGAUUCAGCUCUUCGGGGUGGAAAUCCGCUCGAGGCAUUCCACCUUUCCGCUCAAAUCCAUACUACCCACGGCCGAUCUUCGAAAUCUGCAAGUCUCCCGCCGGCCAUGUGUGGUGUAGCUGUAGCAUACGAGAAGCUCGUCUCGGAGCGCGGAUCGUGGAACGAAGAUUACUUGUUAGAAGCGGAUGAGGCGUGGGCGAGAGGGGAGGAAGGGAAAGCGAUGAUGGGGUGGUAUAUCGCUGCCGAGAUGGGGUACGAGAUUGCGCAGAAUAAUGUGGCGUUCAUGCGCGAAGGAGGGUGGCAGUUUGAUGCGGAAAGGGAAGGCGAGUGGGUAAUAGGGAAAGGAAAAGCAGAAGAGGGAGAUAAGGAGGCGUUGGUAUGGUGGUUGAGAAGCGCGGCGCAGGAUAAUGUGGAUGCAAUGGUCAAAGUCGGAGAUUACUACUACUCAAAGCAAGACUACCCCCACGCUCUCGCUCACUACCUCUCUGCAUCCGAGACCCAGCAAUCUCCAAUGGCAUACUGGAAUCUUGGUUGGAUGUAUCAAUCCGGUCAAGGUGUAGCGAGAGAUUGGCAUCUGGCGAAACGCUAUUAUGACCUAAGCAGAGAGACGGGUGAAGAAGCUGGUCUGGCAGUUUGGUUCAGUUUGUGGGGUCUUUAUCUCCAAAGCUGGUGGACACAUUUCAGGACUCGCGGCUCUAUUUCUGGUUUACCGCUCUUUGAGCCACCGACACCAUCCGAUUCCAAACCCCUCGGGACAUGGUCCCGCCUCAAGUCCCUUUUUACCUCACCUUUCCAAUGGGCAGAACUUGAAUUUGAUGAGGACUGGGAAAACAACCUUGAGCCGGAAGGGAUCGUUUUGGGUGAAGGUGACAUUGAAGGAGGGGGAGGAGCACUUGGAGAAGCUGGAAAUGGAGGCCGGGAAGGGAGGGAGUGGGAGGGAGAGACGAUGGGGGAGAUGAUGGAAGAUCUGCUGUUAAUAGGGCUGAUGUUUGGUAUAGGGGGGUUGAUGUGGUUAAGAGCGAGGUGGGCGGCAAUGGCUGGUAAUGGUGGUAGAGUACAGGGCGACGCCGCGCAGGCGCAAGGGCCGAUAGGUGGUGGUGUAGGGUUUGAAGGUGCAGAGGCAUUUGGUGCAGGCUUUGAGACUCCACAACAGCCCGAAAGAGUGCAGCAAGAUCGACCGCCCGAGGAAAUACAACGGCCGCAAGAGACAGAGGACGAGGAAAACGAGCGGAGGGAGGAGUGAUGGAUGGGUCGAGGGUGUUGUAGGACUGUCUUCUUUAUGAGCUCACGAUUUCAAGAGCUUUGCAUGUCACAUUAUCAAUUAUCACUUGGUUCAUUUAUGUUUAUUAAGGGAUUCAUGUUCAAUUAAG